AUGAAAGCUAUGCACAGAGAAGCUCGUCCUUCUGCACCUGUCACGUCUACAGGACGAAUUCGCAAAUCUUCUGCUGAGAGGAAGGAGAAGUUAAAGGUCGAGUCCACUCUUCGUCGCCUUGUCGGCUCCGAAGAAGGCACGUCACAACUCGAACUCGUACUCUCCGCCAUACGAUAUAUCCGGGAACUGCAGUCCCAACUGGAGAACGACAAGGAGAACAACGUUCCCGAUGGACUGCAGGAUUUCUUAACUCAGUGUGCAGUGAGCAAAGCAGCCACCGCUUGA